AAUUUUUUGUUCUUUAAACGUUUUUCUUAAAGACACGCCCAAAUAUGAGAUAAUGCAAAAAUAGAAGUGUGGGCGGAUCAGCCUUCUUGUUUACCCAUGCCAGUUUUGUUAAAAGAUGGUAACACUUAUGAGAAGUUGAUACGUACCGGGAACAAAUUUAGUUGAUUAUUAAUACAGUAAAUAAAUAAAACCUUACUCCCUUUCCUUUUUCGAUCUUAGCUUCCUUCACUUUCGAAUAAACCCAGUGCUGUUGCGAACACUUCUGUUACUUUUCCUUUUUAAAGCCCUAAUAAGGUUGAUCGAUCUGUCACUAGAUAAGUAGAAUCCGAAGCUGUUUAUUUCAUUUCGUCGAUCAAUUUCAAAGGUUAUCUUCGAGUUCCUAGGGCUUGAAUGGUGAUGAGUUCUGUAUUCUGAGCGGUUAAAUUUGUUUAUCAUGUCUUGGGAUUUGAUUUUAUGGCUCGUCUCUUUUGCUUUCUCCAUUUCCCUAAUUGCCGUUAACCUUUAUCAGCUGAUUUGCUUGUCGGAGUUGGAGUUUGAUUACAUCAACCCGUAUGAUUCAUCAUCUCGUAUUAAUGGCAUGGUCAUCAAAGAGUUUGUGGCUCAAGGGGUGUUGUGUGCUCUUUACCUCCUGACGUGGCACUGGUUCAUGUUCCUGAUAUCGGCACCAGUUACUUACUAUCAUCUGAAGUUGUAUAUGGAAAGAAGACAUCUCAUCGACGUAACAGAGAUCUUUAGGUUGCUUAAUGGAGAAAAGAAAUACCGAUACGUCAAGCUUGGAUUUUAUUUGUCCCUCUUCUGCAUCGUCAUCUUUAGGCUUGUGAGGGCUGCUGUUCUCUCAGUUCUGACUGAAGAUGAUGAUUUGCGUGAUUCUGGAAUUUUUUGAAGUCUCCGACAGGAAACUCAUGCUAGAACAUUUUAGCUGCUUUUUGCUUUAGUUUUCUUCUUCCAAUUCCAAGCGUUGUAGAUUACUUUUAAGAAUUGUGUUUUCUGAGUGUUAGCUGGGUGAGGGAGUUCCGCAUGCAGCUUGUGUUUUUUUGUCGAAGAUGUAAAUGAUUUUUUCCUUUGCUGCAGUGGACGAAUUUUAUUUUGCUUCUUUCUUUCCUUCUUAGCAUGUGACAUCUCUUGGAUCUAUUUCAGUAGUAGGUUAACUGGAUCUGGGAUAUUCAACAUCAUAAUGACCAAAUUUUUGCUAA